CGAGGGAGGCACUGGAUGGCUAUUGUCUGUAGCUUUACGCAAAAACGAGAAGAGUGUCCUUUUAAAAUAUAUUACAAGCUGAUCUUUACAUAAGAUAAGCACAACAUCUAAUCUUUUUUUAGUUAAACCAUUGGUGUAAUACUGGUUUUCAUUUGAUAAAAUUAACUCAAUUUCCGACAAUUCAUUCAUUAGAGUCAAAUCUCUGUAAAGCUCUGUUGACAAGGAACCCGCUGGCUCCACUGCCUUCUCCCAGCCUGAAAAUGAGUGAGCCUACUGCUACAGAACCCCCUAGCGAUGUGACCCCCAUUGUUACUACUGGUGUUACCACUGAAGGUGUAGAUCAACCUUCUACUAAUGCAAACGAGCCCCCCAAGGAAGAGGUCAAGUUGGCAGCAACAGCAGGGAAGAAACAGACCAAGAAGAAGGUGGAGGAGGUGGUAGAGGAAGAGGAGGAGGAAUAUGUGGUGGAGAAGGUGCUGGACCGACGGGUGGUAAAGGGACGCGUGGAGUUUCUGCUCAAAUGGAAAGGCUUCUCCGAUGAGGACAAUACAUGGGAACCGCAGGACAACCUGGAUUGCCCUGACCUGAUUGCGGAGUACAUGCAGAAUCAUCAUAACAAAAAAGAAAGUUGCAAGAAAGAGUCUGGUGGCAAGAGGAAAGCUGGCGAGUCUGACACAGAGGCAGGGGGUGAAGAAGGCAGGCCCAAGAAGAGGAAAGAUGAGGCAGAGAAGCCCAGAGGCUUUGCUCGUGGUCUUGACCCCGAACGGAUCAUUGGAGCCACGGACUCCAGUGGAGAGCUGAUGUUCCUCAUGAAAUGGAAGAACAGUGAUGAGGCUGACCUGGUGCCGGCCAAGGAGGCCAACAUUAAAUGUCCACAGGUGGUCAUCUCCUUCUAUGAGGAGCGUCUGACAUGGCACUCCUACCCCACCGAGGAGGAAGAGAAGAAGGAUGAUAAGAACUAGCCACAGGUCCAGGAUGAACGGGAAGGGGGUACAAAGGGUAGGAUUUACAGGGGAGGGUGUCGGAUAGAGAAGAUGAUUUGUUUCAAAACCUUUCUGCAAACCCGGACUGUUACAUCUAAAACAGAGGUUGACAGAUGGGUAGGGAUGAUAAGACUUGGCAAGGAGGUGGGUUGGGGGGGGGGGGCAUGGGUAAAUACAACUCCUAAGUCUCAAGAUCACUUUAUCAGGCCUCACUUUUGGGUCUCAUCAGCUAGAAUCAUGGGAUAAGUAGUUUUCAGUCCCUGAGCACUGAAUUUGCUUCAAAAUCACCAGCUCCUCAUACUGUAGUUUCGCCUCUGAAAAGCUUUUGUCAAGAUACACUUUUGAGUUAGCGAGGUAUCACUACAGCAGCUGAGUUUACAAAAUGGAAUGGUCAGAUUCCAAAACACGACCCAGCUAAAGUUCUCAGCUAAUUCAAUUGAAUUCUUAAUUUCCAUUUUUUUUGCGUGAAAUGUUGAAGUUGAUUUCUUGUCAGAACAUUAUCUUGUACCUACACAUCCCUCAUUGAGCAACUCACAGUGCUUUUUGUUUGUCUUUCUACUUUUUAAGAAACCUGUUUUAAGUGUUGGCACCUGCCUUCCCUUGCCAUAUCAUUAUCAUAUAAUGUGUAAAUAUGGUCGUGGUUAUAUUUGGUUAGUUUUAAUUGGUUAUGAGAGCGAUCUAAGAAGGAUUUUAUUUGAGAUUUUUUGGGAUGUUCAGACUAGAGUUAACAUAGAUUCUGGUCUUUAAGUGUUACACAUAGGAGGUGUAUAGAGUUGUGAACAAUGGUAUGGAGCAGGGUUUCCAUUAGGAAAACGUGGUGCUGAACAUUUGACUGGCAGCAUUUUAAUUUACCAGACAUAUGAGACAUUUUCCCGACACAUAUGCAUUGUGUGCGUGACCUGAUUAGGGCGUACAGCCACGGUGCUCAGAAUGACAUUUUAGAUGAUGGUAAUUCAUUUUAAAAGAACGUGCAAAUCGAGGACGCAACAGCGUGCGUCCUUACCGAAUUCCAAUGCGCACUUUGAAUAGGUUAGAAUAACUGUCCACAUUUACUUUUCCUCAGCCAACAAGAUGAGUGACGAACAGCAAAAAUCCCUAGCCUAUGUCAAUAUACUAUUCCCCAUAGUAGAACAUUUGACCUAUUUAUUGGUCAGCUUGUCGUUCUGUGCGAGAAAGAAAUGGCCUACUCCAGACAGACACUGGGACAACAGAUCCCAAAUGCAUACAACCAGUAGGCUUAGGCUACAUAACAUUUUUUAUAAAAAUAAUCUUCAAGCAAUGAAGUUGAUGCAACCGAUCACAACAUUUAGCUUAAAAUAUUGAUUAAACUAUUAUUUCUUCACAUACAGUGCCUUGCAAAAGUACUAAUCCCCCUUGCCGUUUUUUUCCUAUUUUGUUGCAUUACAAUCUGUAAUUAAAAUGUAUUUUUAUUUGGAUUUCAUGUAAUGGACAUACACAAAAUAGUCCAAAUUUGCAAAGUGAAAUGAAAAAAAUGACUUGUUUCAACAACAAAAUCAAACAACAAAAAUCUGAAAGGUUGUGUGUGCAUAUGUAUUCACCCCCUUUGCUAUGAAGCCCCUAAAUAAGAUCUGGUGCAACCAAUUACCUUCAGAAGUCACAUAAUUACUUAGAUUGCACACGAGUGGACUUUAUUUAAGUGUCACAUGAUCUGUGUGUGUAUAUAUACACCUGUUCUGAAAGGCCCCAGAGUCUGCAACACCACUAAGCAAGGAGCACCAUGAACACCAAGGCGCUCCCCAAACAGGUCAGGGACAAAUGUGGAGAAGUACAGAUCAGGGUCCCACAGAGCACCAUUAAAUCCAUUAUUAAAAAAUGGAAAGAAUAUGGCACCACAACAAACCUGCCAAGAGAGGGCCACCUACCAAAACUCACGGACCAGGCAAGGAGGGCAUUCAUCCGAGGGAACAAAGAGACCAAAGGCGCCAAGCUCCACAGCGGAGAUUGGAGUAUCUGUCCAUAGGGCCACUUUAAGCCGUGCACUCCACAGAGCUGGACUUUGCGGAAGAGUGGCCAGUAGAAAAUCCAUUGCUUAAAGAAAAAAUAAGCAAAUGUUUGUUGUUCGCCAAAAGGCAUGUGGGAGAGUCCCCAAACAUACGGAAGAAGGUACUCUGUUCAGAUGAGACUAACAUGUAGCUUUUUGGCC